UUUCAGCCCCAACGAAACAUCAAUCUUCUUACCAAACCCACUUACUGCUACAAUGAGUGUAGAAGCAGCAAACGACCCCGAGAUCCUCGCACAUGUUGAGAAGUUCUGGGAGGGACGGAAGCCACACAGUCCCAUCUACCAGUUCCUGCUCGACGACAUCAAACUGACCUACGCGUCAAAGGGCGUAGUUCGCGCUCGCCUGCUGUUGACAAAAAACCACGUAAAUGCCCAUGGUGGUAUUCAUGGUUCUGUCUCAGCUACGCUUAUCGACUGGGUGGGCGGUGUUGCCAUCGCAGCCUACGACAACCGAACCAAGACAGGCGUAAGCACCGACAUCCACAUCUCCUACCAGACCUCAGCCAAGGAUGGAGACUGGAUAGAGGUCGAGGGUAGGGCUGGCAAGGUCGGAGGCACAUUGGCCUUUACGACUGCGACCAUCUGGAAGGUGAUUGACGACAAGCCUGGGCCUAUCAUUGCAUCCGGUUCGCACACCAAGUUCGUCAGGGUUUAAGUCUGAGGGUUUCAACUUGCCAUCCUCUCUGAAGACUUGUUCACUCCUCCAUGAGUGCAGGACUUUAGGCGAACUGCGACGAUCGAAGGAUUCCUGAGCUUAUCAGUUGACACCCGUGGCGAUGAUAUGGAGGCCGAAGGACCUGCA